AGCGUCAGCAAAGCCCAGUAUUGUGCAGACAAGCGGUUCGUUGACGGAGUGCAGAAAGCAUGAGAUUCUAAUUUUAAAGCUGCAGCUAAAAAGUAGAAGAAAUUGCACAUCCAGUAAACAAAGAACUCCGGACAUGAUCGGUUGAUCACGGCGCUGACGAAUACGAGUGUGACGCGUUUUUUAGUUUAUGUGGACAGAAGUUGAGUGUUUUAGUUUUUUUUUUGCUCUCAAUAGCUUUUUUUUUUGAAUUAGAAUACACAAGGACAAGUGAAACCAGUGAGAAAACUUGUAGAAAAAUAGUGGAAUUAUAGUGGCUAAUUAGUUGGAGUGAAGUAUGUAUGUAUGUACAUACAUGUAUUAAGUGGCCUGUCUCUUCAAACUAGUCGCCAUCGACAUACAUACUCGUACGUACAAUAUACUUGCGUGUUCUACACUGCGGCCAUUCUUAGCAUAAACUUCAAGGUGAACUAUAACAAACAAGCAAAAGCACAAUUUGCGAAGUAGAGGAAAAGGACGAAGAACGUCAACGCACUCCAGCGUACCAAACAGUCGCUCAUCAGUGGUGAUGGUGUUGGUAGUCUACCGCAGCAUAUGUUGCAAAAACUACAUCAAAACGUAAGCACACGAGACGAAGAAGAAGAGUAAGAGACGGUAAAUGAAAGAUUUUGUAGCAGCUUUUUUCUUGUAUACGUCUCAAGGGUCGUGCCACAACAACACUACGAAAACAAUAAACCCACUUGAAAGACUCGUACGUUGAUGGAUUACAUAAAUACUAACAACGACAACAAUUGUAUAUAAAACAACUGCCACAAGUGUAUACGACGAUGGCGAAGACACGAAUAAAAACAACACCGACGCGCAUGCAGAAGGAUGCGUUAAUGGCAUCAGCCGCCACGGCCACCGCCGCCAUAUCCAAACCAGUAGUGGCAACGACAUGCCAUACUGUUGCACCGCUAGACGAUGUCAAGAAACGCCUGCGUCACUCCACCGCACCACCAAAACUCAGCCAAAAUAUCAGUGGCGGCACCUCAACGAUCAUUGUCACAGCACCGAAACGUACAAACUCCAUAUCAUCCAUCACCUCCACCAUCUCGCAAAUCAGCGACAUGAACUCAGACACCGAAUCUCCGCCACCGCCCAUCGUGCUAACCACCAGCACAACACCGACGCCAACGGCAGCAAGCACAACAGCAACAAAAUCAACCAGGUCACUACUCAACACAACACAUGUGGUCGCCCAAGCGCCGCGUACACUCAACAGUUUACUCUGUAAACCAAGCAUCAACAACACCACAACCGCCAGCACCAACCAACACCCAGCAGCGUUACGUAAUCGCAAAGUAUUCAUGAUCACCGAGAAGACGGAUGAGUAUGCGGGUGUGGAAGCGUCCACAUCAACAGCGGCGAGUGGAUUGACAACAGGUCAGAAGCGGAAGAUGUAUCUGAUAAUGGAGGAGAAUAGUUGUGGUGCGGAAGAUGGUGGUGAGGAGUAUGGCGAAGGUGAAGAUGCCAUAAGUAGAGAUGCACAAAAGUAUUUGAAAAGAGAAAAUGGUCUGAUUGCAGGUGCGGGUGGCACAAAAAAGCUGACACUCUUUGCAGACAAAGCGGACAGUGGCACGUUGACGGAGAAAUUUGAGAAAAUCUUGCCAGAGAUAUUGAAUCGUAUACAGGCAAAGGAAACGAAUGGAGUGGGCGGAGGAGGAGGCGGAGGAGGAGUAGGAGGAGCAGUAUUGGCGUAUGAUGCGCCGCUGCAUGCAACAACGACGACGGUGACGUCGAAACUUUUGAACGGCAGCGUCAAUUUAAAUAUUAUCAAAUCCGAACCGUUAUCACAGCAGCAACAACAACAACAGCAUAAACAGCAGCAGCAACAGCAUCAGCAACAAACACAGCUGCAGUUGAAACAAGAGCCAUAUAACAACAGAAAGACGACUGAUGAAAAACCAGCCAAUGAAAGACUACCAAUUACACUGCCACCAAAAAAAAAUCGUACAAAAAUCAUAACCACUAAUUAUAACGGCAAUAGUUUUGCUAAUAAUUUCAGUGAUAAUUUUAAUAAAACCACUAACAAUGUUUGGGGCAAUUUUGGCAACAGCAGUAACAAUAAUGCCAACAACAACAACAGUACACAACAAAAAAUUGCAACACCGCCAGGUCAAGUGAAACAAAUCUCUGCGGCGACACCGGUCAUUGUAUCGGCGGUGACGCUGAAUGCGCGUCAGCACCAUCAAAACGAUAACAGCAGCAACAAAAACAACAACAACAGCACCAAUCACACUCACAAUGGCAAUAACAAUAACAACAGCAACAGCAGCAGCAGCACAUGUGAAAUCAAACGUCUGACGGGUAAGGCUACUAACAACAACAAUGUCAACAGCAACAACACAAUUAAUACUACAACAACGACAGCAACAACACCGCCAAACAAUACAAACAUUAGAUACGUAAGUCAUGCCAACGGUGUCGGCAACCAAGUUGGUGGCGUGGUCACAACCAUGGCACAGGUCGAAUUGGUGCCACAGAAAAAUAUCAAUUUAUCCACCGAUUUUCACUUUCUCAUCAAAAUGCUGCCGAAACUCGAGAGUAUACCCGAGCCGCAUAAGAAUAAUGUAAAGAAUUGUAUUGAGAAGAUAAUUACGCAAAAUGCGAAUAUAUUUGCCAAACAGUAAGCCCGUAUAGCCCAGGCAGCCAAGCCAGCCAGGGGUGUGGGCGGUGAAAGACAACAACAACAAAAAAAAAA